GAUAGAGGAAUAAACCCGAGUGUGUGUUUGAACUCUUCCUGGUUCAGCUGUUGUGUUGUCAUUUCAGUCUCCACGUCGACUCUUUGGUGUUCUUCAGUUUCACCCUCAGGACUGACUGCGGACUCGUCAUGCUGAUAAACCUCCAGCCGCAGAGCUGAAAAACACAAGUUCGCGAUGAUGUGUUAGUGUUUUAAAACUACCAGCGACUCCUCGGAUAUUUAGCUAACUGCUAGCUGUAGCAUCCCCUGUCGUUAACAGGUAUGUUUGCAUCCUGCUGUAACUGGUUGUGUAUGGACUCAGCUGAUGUUGAACCGGCAGGUGGAGGUGAGCGACGUCCUCAGUCCUACACCAACUCGGCCUUCAGCAGUCAGCCGUCUCCUCUUGCACCUGAACACACCUGUAAGGCCUGCGGGGGGCGAUUCGACACGCCUACCAAGAAGCAUGUGUGUGUGGACUGUAAGAAGAACUACUGCAGCCGCUGCUCCGCCCAGCUGGAGCCCCGCCCCCGCCUCUGUCACACCUGUCAGCGUUUCUACGGCAACCUGCUGCAGCGGGCGGAGCUGAUGAAGCUGAAGGUGAAGGAGCUGCGGGACUACCUGCACCUGCACGAGGUCUCCACCCACCUGUGCAGAGAGAAGGAGGAGCUGGUGGAGCUGGUCCUGGGUCAGCAGCCUUCACCAUCCAGCGGCCCCGCCCCCGAGACCCCGACCACUGAUCCCCCCUCUGUGACCUCUGAACCCCCUGACCCGACCCCUCACAUCUUCACCUUGACUCCUGACCCCCCAACCCCUGCUAUGACCCCGGACCCCCCAACCCCUGCUAUGACCCCGGACCCCCCAACCCCGGCUAUGACCCCUGACCCCCCUGCUGCACAACCUGAAGCCCCAGCCCCGCCCACAGAGACGUCCCCCGCCGAGCCUGACGUUCAGGACGAAGACCAGAACUGGGACCCGGAGGACUUCCCGGUUAUGGGUCGCAGGGCCUCGCUGUCGGACCUGAGCUGUCUGGACGACAUCGAGGCGCUCAGCGUGCGACAGCUGAAGGAAAUCCUCGCCAGGAACUUUGUCAACUACAAAGGCUGCUGUGAGAAGUGGGAGCUGAUGGAGAGGGUGAGCCGGCUGUACCAGGACCAGCAGAACCUGCUGGCUGCCAACGCUCUGAACGCUUCAGAGUCUGGCGACGGCGUUGGCGGCGGUCUUGAUGAGAACCUCUGUAAGAUCUGUAUGGACUCUCCCAUCGACUGCGUCCUGCUGGAGUGUGGUCACAUGAUCACCUGCACCAAGUGCGGCAAGAGGAUGAGCGAGUGCCCCGUCUGCCGCCAGUACGUCGUCCGAGCCGUUCACGUCUUCCGGUCCUGAGCGCAGGAUGGACCGACUCCAAAGCAAUAACCUGCAAAUAAGCGCUCCUGAGGGGCCGGGAAAUGUUUUUUAUUUUGCUAACUCUAUUUUUCUAGUGUAAAUAAGAUGUGCAGUAUGACGUAUGAAGAAUGUAAGACGCCUUCAGGCUGCAGAGCUGCUGUUUGAACACAAAACACUGAAUGUGCAGAUGGACUCUGGGAGGUGGCUCAUGUCUCUACACUUUGAACUUUAACCUUUAAAGUCAUCGCACAAGAAACCCUCCGUGCCUUCGCCACCUCCGUCGGUCGGUAAUAACAGCGAAGCGGGUCUGUAAUAACGGCACGAUCCAGCUGUGAGUCCGGAAGAUUUUGGGAAAGUUUUGGCGCAAAUCAACCAAAGAAAACGCGGCUCUACCUCGGCUGGUGAGCCUUUAACGUUCACAGACUGUUUUCAGUGCAGCCUUUACUCUGUUUACAGCCUGCAGUGGGUUUAGGAUCAACCAAAUGAAGUUAACACCUGUGAUAUCAUGGACAUGUGCAGUUAUUGACAUCCCACAAUGCAACACUCACAUAAGAGAGUUCCCACUCUGAAAUCGGCCUUAUCUUACUGUUUACUCUUCAAUUUCUGUGCAACAAACAUGUUCAUUAAACUGCCUUCCGGAUCAGAUUAUCAGCAGGAAAAUAACCUCUGAUCCCCACCCAACAAUGCACACUGAGCCCCGCCCCCAGCCUCAGGUGACUGGUGCUGCACCUGUCGCUCAGACGUGCAGGUGAGCGUCCUGUUAGCGCUGCUGUUACACUCCUGAACUGAAAAGCAGAGCAGCUAUAAAUCCAUUAAAAACUGUAAAUGACCGGAUGAAGAACCAGAUCAGAGUGUUUUAGCUCCUAAACUCCCGUAUACAUUAUAUUUGUUAUUACAGUAAAUUUUGUUGUUGCAUACUUUACAUUUCCAAACCUAAGGUGUUCAUUUUCCUGUAGGGAUCUGGUCCCAACGUUGGACUCGAGAGAUAAACCUAUCCAGUUUAUACUUUUAAAAAAAAGCCUGAAAAUGAAUCUUUUGUCAUAACAAAGGUCGUCAACAAUUUUAUUUGUUUUGGUGACACAAUUAAAGGGCUAAAGUUAAGUAUUGUUCAACCUGGACCCCAUUUGCCCAUGUUUUUGUGUCAAUGUGAGUAAUUGGCACAUUUAUUAAAACCCAUCAAAGUUCGUCCACUACAGAACUUGUUCUCUUGCCGCUGGCAGGCUCAGAUUGUUGUUACAAGUGUCUGACAACAUUAUGGAAAGGAUCCCUACAGAGAGAGACUUUUUUAGAAAAAAGUAAUAUCCUUUUUGUUUAACCACAAACGGUCGCUAAAUCGCUCUCGUCAAAGCCACCAGACUACAUUGGAAAAACCCCCCCAGUAAUUUUACCUCUCUGGUCUACAGCUAGCUGCCUUGGUCGGUUAGUUUGUGUGUUAUUGUGUGACUUUGGUGUAUUAACAGGUUAAAAACACAAUAGAGUGCCUAAGCCCCUCCCCUUCCACCAUGGACCACCAUGGGACCUUACUUCGGGAAAAAAAUGUACGGUAGUCAACGGCAAGAGGCAACAAAUUUUUUGAUCCUGUUUGAAUUGUGCUCUGAAUUACACACAAGAUGAUGGUCAAUUUAAAAUGUACAUUUGAAAGUGAAGAAAGUCGCAGUUUGAUAUAAAACUGUUGAAGCAUCAGACUGAAAAUACAUAAUAACAAAGACCACAAACCCAAACGUCGUGUAUGUGGCGUCAUAACUUUGUGUUUCAGUGACCGAGAAUCGUUGGAUUAAACACAUCAGGUGAGAUUUAUUUCUGCGUGGAACAUGGCUAAGUUAUCUAGCUAGCAGCAACCAAGCAAUGAACGUUAGCUUAGCAUUACCAAGCCAAAAUGUUGGUGACGUAUAUUGUGCGAGACGAGAGAUAUAGUUCAUUGAACAGUUUUCACACAAAACUACAUGUAACUUUACUGAUUUAUGUCAAACUACAACUUUCUUGGUGGACAAAAUUAUCUUUUAAGUUGACAAACAUCGUGUGUAACUCAAGUUCAAACAGGAUCAAAAAAUAAGUUGUCUCUUGCCGUUGACUACCGUACAUAUUUUUUUCGAAAUAAGAUCCCAUGGGCCGGAAGCGGAAGAGAGUGACUUAGUCUCUCUGUAACAUUUUUAUCAAUGGAGUCUGAUGGCUUUGACGAUAGCAAUAUAGCGACUGUUUCUGUUUGAACAAAAAGGAUCUUCUCUCUCUGUAGGGAUCCUUUCUAUAAUGUUGUCAGACACUUGUGUUUACAAUCUGAGCCUGUCGGAGGGAAAAAGCAGCUGUACUUUGACGGGGCGCAGGGAUUACGCUGCAGUACUGGACCAAUUUAAAAAAAUGUUCCAAUUAGCCACAUAGAUACAAAAACAUAGUAUCCAGGUUGAAUUACCCUUUAACACGACUGCUGAUCUGAAACAGGGCUGCAGCGUAAUCCUUGCUUCCUGGUAAGAACUCUAAUUAAGUGCUAAUGACAGUGUUGCAUUAAUACACUUAAAAUUAUUUUCAAAAAAAUUUACCUCGAGUCUUUCAUUCCAGCUUAGCAGAUUAAAAUAAGAAUAAAAUGUCUAAUAAUAAAUUAACGAUUAAUAUAGCUUUACCUGGUUUUAAAUAGAACUAUUCUUUCAAUUCCUAUUUGUCGUAUUAUUAGCACUAUGGCCGCAGCUAACGGUUAUUUAUCGAAAAAUUACACAAUUAUUUUGUCGAUUAAUUGCUUGGUCUACAAAUGUCAGAAAACUGUCCUGAGUCCGAGACGUCGCCUUCAAACGUCCUUUUUUUUGUCCGACCAACAAUUCAAAAUCCAAACACAUUCAUUUUGUUACUGUAGAAGACACACUUUAAUAUUUGGAAGUGCAGCUUUAGCGGUUAAUUGAUUAGCAAAAUAGUUGCAUUAAUUUUCUGUAGAUCGAUGAAUCAACUAAUUGGCGCAAUAUGACUUUUUUUUUUUUAUCUGGAAAUCACUUUGUAAAAAAAAAAAAGAAGGCAUUUACAGUUUUAAAUCCACGCCCACAUAUUAAAAAAAAUACGCAUUAAGACACAUGGCGUCAUAGUCAGCUGUUAGCUCCCCUACAGGAGCCAGCAGGGGGCAGCAGAGACAGGAAACUGUUCUGACCAAACGGCCCCACCAACCCUACACCGAUAUUUUUAUGUUAUGCUAAGCUAGGCUAACAGUUUCCCACUGCUCCCAGUCUUUGUGCUAAGCAAAGCUACCCAUUGACCCAGGGCUGAAGCUUCUUGUGAGACAACGUUCUCUUUAUUUUUCUGGGAAUUUGAGGGAUCUAGGAUUAAAAAUUUUUUUUGCUUUUAAAAUGUCAUUUUAUUUUAUAUUCUGUGGUUAAGCAUUGACAGUUUUGGGGCUGAUUCCUGUGUUAUUUAGACUCUCUUUGAAACUCUCUUUGGCCCUUCAUGCUGGAAAAUAACGUUCAGAGGUCCUGUGGUUGUGUUGAGUUUAUAAGUGCUUAUUAAAGUUGCAGAACAGGAUCUUAA